AUGUCCCCAGUGGUUUCGGGCACCGGUUCGCCUCUACUUGUCGGUGAAACAAGAGUCGAUACCACUCGGAGCGACGAUUCCGCCACAUUUGCUGUUAGAUUCUCUUCCUACAUGGAGCCGGAGGCUUCUUUCCCUGAUGAAGUUCUUUCUGAGUCAGUAUCAAUGCGUCGGCGCUCUCACUCGUUUUCAGACGAUUAUUCGGUACAGCGUACGAACGACGACGCAACACAGUGCAAAUUUGCUGCAGUUCAGCUCGGUUACUGGAAAGAUGAAUUUCUUCCCCGAUUUGCAUACAGCAGUGGAGCGGACCAAAAUUCCCGUCGUGACCCAGAAAUCUCAAUCGGCUACUGGGCACGAGUUUCUGCUGUUAAUCUUCUUGUGGAACGCUUUAUUGAGAAAACACAAGGACAGUGUCAAAUAAUCAGUAUAGGAUGUGGAUUCGACACCCUGUUCUGGCGAUUGAAAUCAUGUGGAAAGUCGGUGAAGAAAUUUAUCGACGUUGAUUUCAGUUCUGUAACGGCGAAAAAAAUUCGUCAGAUUCGUAAGCCGGGCACUCCUGACCUAGUUAGCCUCUUCAGCGAAGCUCCAAAGGAAACUCAACACACCGAUCUGCAUUGCGGUGACUACAAUCUCGUUGGAGCCGACCUUCGCCAGUGGUCAGAAUUCAAGGGUAAACUGGAGUCUGUUGGUGUUGAUUCCACAUUACCUACCCUGUUUUUGGCCGAGUGUGUACUUGUUUAUAUGGCUGUGGAUCAAAGCGCGGAGUUACUGAAACAUAUAGCCGAGUUUUUCGACACUGUAGUGUUUGUGAAUUAUGAGCAGGUUCGUAUAAAGGACGCUUUCGGAAGCGUAAUGGAGAAAAACCUCGAGCAAAGAGGAAUCUAUCUUCCUGGCCUAUCUGCUUGUAGUGAUAUUGAAACGCAAAAGCAGAGAUUUUCCGACAGCGGCUGGGGCAACGUCACCGUAGUGGACAUGAACACCGUGUACAAGAAACUUUUGCCUCAACAUGAAGUGACGAGAAUUGAAAAGAUUGAACACUUGGAUGAGAUGGAACUUUUACGACAACUUCUUGAUCACUACUGCAUUGGGUACGCGCUCAACGACAAGACGGAGAAGUUCACUAGCCGCUUAGUAUUUCCUGAAUUGAUGUCUCUUGCUCAGUGGAAACUAGACUACAGCGUUUCUUCUCGAAAUUGUAGAACUACUGACAAUGCCUACAACCCACCAGGAUUCCAUCCUGGUGCUACGUCUGCGCAGCACCACGCAAACAACGAACAAGCUUCUGAGCAGCAAGAACAUUUGGCCAAAAAACGUGCAUGGGACGUUGCGAUGGCUCCGGCCAAAAGUCUUCCUAUGAAUAUGUUUAUGAUGUACAUGGCAGGCCGAAGUGUGUCUAUUUUUCCUAUUAUGAUGGUGGGAAUGAUGUUAUGGCGCCCUGCGAAAGCCUUGUUCGCAGUAAAUGCCACAUUUAAACCUCUUGAGGAUCAAAACACUGGGAGUAUGAUUGUCCAUAAAAUCAUAUUCGUGCUCGGAAAUCUUGGUGCUAUUGCACUAGCCAUUUAUAAGGUACAUACUAUGGGUUUGCUACCGAACACCCCAUCCGACUGGCUCGAAUUUAUCCCGCAGCCCCAGCGAGUUCAGUAUUCGAUAAUGUUGCAUGCAACUGGAAGAGCAAAAUGUAUGCACCGAAUGAUGGCCUCAACGAGUGCCCCACUAAUCAAAAAGAUUAACCGAGUUCUUAUUGCAAACCGUGGUGAAAUUGCUAUUCGUGUGAUGAACACCGCCAGAAAAAUGGGCAUCGAGUCAGUGGCAGUGUUUUCUGAUGCUGACAGGAAUGCACUUUUUGUGAAGAAGGCUGACAAGGCAUUUCACAUUGGUCCUGCUGCUGCCGCCCAAAGUUACCUUAAUAUUGAUAAAAUUAUUAACACUGCUCUCACGGCUGGAGCGGAGGGCAUCCAUCCUGGCUAUGGUUUUCUGUCAGAAAAUGCUAAAUUCGCUGAACGUUGUGCUGAAGCCGGUAUAGUUUUUAUUGGUCCACCAGUGCAGUCCAUUCGAGAUAUGGGUACGAAGAGUCUCGCAAAGCAGAUCAUGCAAGACGCAAAAGUCCCAGUUGUCGAAGGUUUUCAUGGGUCUGACCAAUCGGAUGAUAAUCUGAGAGUUCAUGCUGAGAAAAUAGGCUACCCCGUUAUGCUUAAAGCUGUGUACGGUGGAGGUGGCAAAGGGAUGAGAAUUGCUUGGUCUCCGGCAGAGUUUGACGAGAAAUUAUCGUCGGCAAGGAAUGAAGCAAUGAAGUCAUUCGGAAACGACGAAAUGCUUGUAGAAAAGUUCGUAGAAAGACCGCGUCAUGUGGAAGUUCAGGUGUUUGGUGAUCAUCACGGCAACUACGUCCAUUUGUGGGAACGUGAUUGUUCUGUACAAAGAAGACACCAAAAAAUCAUUGAGGAAGCUCCGGCUCCCCUCGUCAGUCACGAAACGCGGUUACGUUUGGGUGAGUCUGCUGUGCGAGCUGCAGCUGCUGUAGGUUAUGUUGGAGCCGGUACAGUUGAGUUUAUUAUGGAUCCAAAUGGUCAGUUCUACUUUAUGGAAAUGAACACUCGUCUUCAAGUCGAGCAUCCUGUCACUGAAGCUAUCACGGGUACCGACCUCGUGGAAUGGCAAUUGAAAGUUGCACAGGGUGAAAAACUGCCUCUAAGACAAGAUCAGAUUCCAUUGAAUGGACACUCUUUUGAGUGUAGAGUCUACGCUGAAGAUACAAAGGGAGGCAACUUCAUGCCUACAGCAGGAAGACUUGAGUAUGUCUCUUUUCCAUCGGAUGCACGUGUAGACACUGGUGUUGUCUCUGGAGACGAAGUUUCUGUGCACUACGAUCCGAUGAUUGCUAAGGUUGUGGUGUGGGCAGCAAACCGUUCUGCAGCUGCAGCAAAAUUAGAUGCUGCUUUAGCUCGUACUCGUAUUAGUGGACUGCCUACAAACAUCCAAUUUGUACGAACGGUAUUAAACCAUCCAGAGUUUGCAAAGGGCAAUGUUUACACCGAUUUCAUUCCUGACCAUCAGAAAGAUCUGUUCGCGGACAAUAAACAGUCAGAAGAAGAGCUCGUGGAAGGAGCUAUUGGUCUCGCACUCCUUAGUCGCCCGCGGCAUCCAAGUGCUCCUUUCGAGCACAUUUCCUUCUACCGUUUGAACCAUCCUAUGGAGCAAACAUACAGGCUUGGUGAUAAGGACGUGGUGGUAUCGUUCCUAUCCGACUUGCAAAUGGAGAUCUGUUUUGAUGGGAAGCGGAAAACUGUGAACGUCAGUGACAUCAAUUCUGAUGGAGGAGAGCUACGGUAUACUCUUGAAUUCGAUGGUCGCCGUUGGCGUGCGGAAGCUAUUCGACUCCAACGCUCGGCAUUAAUAUACGGAGCGGGAGAAGCAGAGUACGAAAUUAUUUCGUCUGAUAGUUUCGAACAAGAGGAUGGAGCCUCCGGUGGAGGAGUAGCACAAUCUUCGCAUGCUCCUAUGCCAGGAAUCAUUGAAAAAGUGCUUGUAAAACCUGGAGACGAAGUGCAACCUGGUCAACCGCUUGUGGUAAUGACUGCCAUGAAGAUGGAAUACAUUAUAAGGGCUCCUGCACACUGCACCGUCGCAUCAGUUUCAUGCGCUCCUGGAAAAAACGUGGCGAAGAAUGUUGUCUUGGUGAAAUUCUCCCCGAUUGAUGUUGGUGGAGAGCAAGAAAAGAAGACGGCAGCACAACAAGGAUAG